UAUUAUUUAUAGUUUAAUAAGUAUUUAUAUAAUAAUAAUAUAUUUAAUUCAUUUAAACUUGGUUGAUUGGAAGUGUAAGUAUGUUAAUGCAAAAAGUGAACAACUAUGAGCCGCACGGCGACAUUAAUUAUGUCGACAAGCAUUUUAACGACAUAUUUGAUCUCCAGCUGACCAUUUUGUUUGACGUCAAAAGAUAAUAUAUUAAGCUUCAUAAAUACAUACUACUUCAUUACCAAGGUCAAUUCUAUCGAUAUGGCAUCUCAAAGUGGUAAGAAACAAGCCACUUCCAACGUGAAGACAUUACAAGAAUUACAUUUGAUAUCAUUAGCUAUCAAUGUUCUUAGUAUUAUUGCAUUAUUCAUCUUUAAACGACCAUCCAAUUGGUUUCCAUGGAUUAUAAUAUCAUUACCAUCAUGGGGAUUACAAUAUUUCAUUGAAAAGGGAGGGAGACCAAGAUUCAAUGAUGAAGGGAAAUUACUUCGUGUGGGUGAUGAUUUGAAAUUAUCAGGAUCAUUAUAUGAAUAUUUCUUUGAUGUGAUUUAUGUUACUUGGAUUUUAGAUAUUUUAAUGAUUGUGUUUGGUACCAAUUUUAUAUGGUGGAUUUAUUUAAUUAUCCCUGGAUUUGCCGGAUAUAAGAUUUGGGGAUUCAUUGCUCCAUUUUUAUUUAAAUCAAAAGGUGGUGCUGCUGCUGUUCCUAAAGGUUUACUGGAAUCAACUGAUAAUGAGUCAAAUGAUGCAAAUAAUGGUAAGAGUAAACGUAGACAAAAGUUAGAGGCAAGAAGAGAUAAAGGUCCAUCUGUUAAGUAUAGAUAAGAUAGUUUAUAAUUAGUUCAUUCAUUUAUCCUACUUAACCUUGUAUAUAGACGACUACAUUAAUACAAAACAAAAAAUAAGUUAUAAUCAAAAGAUCUUAUUCAAACUAUUGGGCGAGUUGGAAGAAAUAAACGAGACGGUAAAUUCCACAUACUAUUAAGUUAGAAAGUAUUGUAAGACUAAAAUUUCAAAACCUAGAUCAGUUAGUAAAAUGAUUCUAAAUAACAGUUAGAUAGGUCUUUUCAGUAAAAGACUAAGGCUAGAUGAGUUAGUAGUUUAUCUAUCCUAAAUAAGAGUUAAAAAUUUGAAAGACAUUUCAACCUAAAAUACUUUGGAAAAUAAACGAGUUCCUAGGAAUCCAAUUCAAAAAAUCAUAGAUGAUGAAUACAGUCUAUAUAUAUAAAAGUAAAACCACAU